CACACACACUCAGCUCCGAUUGAACAGCAGUGGACACAGUCAGACUGGAAGUGUUGUUGUUUUCGUGUCGCAGCUUUUGACUCUGCAGACUCAGACAGACAGACAUGCUACCAAAGACACGUCUGGGGAAGCGUUCCCCUCUUGGGGCGUUGGUGAGCUCCACCUGCUCGCCAGCAGGAACUCAAACAGGCCAGGAGACGGGUGAGACCAGCGUCAUUGUGUCAACAGCAGCAGCACAACAGGCCAUCAGCAGGGUCAAAGGUCAUCCUGGGCUUAAGGUGUAUUUUCAGUGUGGAGGAGGAGGUGAAGCUCCAGGUGUUGGGGAUCAGCUUGAUCUCAUGCACAGUGAUGUCUCUGUCUGGUCUUCAUCUCGUCCCUCCUCCUCCUCAGUGCCUCCGUCCUGCAGCAGAUCUGUGUCCUCCUGCAUCGACGUCCCCAGAAGUCAGAGGAGUCCAGAGGAGGUGGACAUGGACGAGCUGAUGGCAGCGAUGGUUCUCAGCAGUUUGUCCUGCAGCCCUCUGCUGCACAGCCCCGCCCACCCAGAGCCGACAGCUCCUCCGAUGGAAUGUGGAGGUGGCGAGCUCUCUGAUAGUGGCAGCAGCGGCUACUGGAGUGUUGGCCAUGGCAACAGAAGCCCAGCCCCCUCCCCACCAAUGGCAGAGCCUGACAUCAGCCCGGCCACGCCCCCUGAUGAAGGACUGGACAUGGAGAUGGAGCAGGUGCUGUUCGACGAGCCGGCACCACGGAAACGCAGGAACUCAGGGAAGGCGUCCUACAGGUGUCUGUGGCCGAGCUGUGACAAGGUGCUGACAUCAGUGGUUGGAAUAAAACGUCACAUCCGGACAACUCACCUGUGCCGCGGCAGUGAACACGAGCGCUGUUCUCGCAGCGAGGAAGAUUUUUACUACACCGAGGUCACCCAGUGGGACCAGCAGCAGCAGCAGCAGUCUGCGCCUCAUCCUAUCCUCUGCAGGCCCGCCCCCGCCUCACCCACCUCCUCCUCCUCCCCCUCCUCACCUCCCAGUCCUCCCCCUCCCUCUCCUCCGUCUCCUCCUACUCCAGACUGCAGCGCCCUGAGUCGCUCGGCCCCCUCCUCCUCCGGCAGCUUCAUGCAGGUCCAAUCAGAACACUCCUACCAGGCUCCCCCUCCCAGUCAUGUGACAACAGCAGCAGCUUUGAACACAGCCAUCUGUCGUUGGACGGCCACGCCCACCAGCUGCGUCAGACAGGGUUUGGCUUUCCGGGUGCGUUCAGUCAGUGUUGGAGAGCAGUGGCUGCAGCAUCAGAGUGCCCCCUGCAGGAGGAUUCGUGGUGAGGCCAAAAAGUGUCGUAAAGUGUACGGCAUCGAACACAGGGACCAGUGGUGUACGGCCUGCCGCUGGAAGAAAGCCUGCCAACGCUUCCUCGACUGAACGGAGGGAGAGCGAGGAGAGAAAGUGGUGGAGAAAAAGAAGGACUGAAGCAGGCUGUAAAGUUCAGCCUCUCUCGGUGGAUGUUUUAUACAUUCUUGUAUCUGAAACCAGAAAUAUUUUUUUGUUUUCAUUUUUAUACUCUUUAUACAUUUGCUAGAAGUGUCUAUUUUUUGUUUAUUUUGAAUGUGUUUUUUGAAUGUACAUUUCGUAAAUGUUUUGUCCUGUCGGUGCUUUUUCAUGAACACAAUGGGGCAGCUAUUAUGUGACCUUUGACCUUGAAGCACCCGCGAUUGAGUAUUUGCGUCCGGCCAAUUCUCUUCAGGUGUUCUUAACAAAACCACCGUCUGCUUCAGGUUUGAUAUGCACUCCAAUUUAUUUUGUAAAAAUAUUCAGUCACCAUGGAAAUGCUUGACUCGGGCUGGAAUUUCUUGUCUGAAACCUGAGUUUGAGUUUUCACAAAAGGCUGUCUAACACUAGCUUUUAUUGCGAUUUAUGGAUCUAUGGAUCAGAGUAUAUGAGUAACCAUUUCUACAGGAUCCAAACAAAGACAAAAA